AUGAAGAUCCAGUGCGACGUUUGCAACAAAAACGAAGCUUCAUUAUUCUGCACCGCCGAUGAAGCCGCCUUAUGCAACGACUGCGACCACCGUGUCCAUCACGCCAACAAGCUAGCCUCCAAACACCACCGUCUCUCUCUUCACAGUCCUUCUCCUAAACAACACCCUCUCUGUGAUAUUUGCCAGGAGAGAAGAGCUUUUGUGUUGUGUAAACAAGAUAGAGCGAUUCUGUGUAAAGAUUGUGAUUCAUCUAUUCAUUCUGUUAACGAACUUACUCAGAAACAUGAUAGGUUUCUUCUCACUGGUGUUAAGCUUUCAACUACUAACUCUUCAUCUUCAUCAUCAACUACUGCUAGUAUUAAGUCAAAUCUUGUUCCUUCUUCUGUGAUUGAAAAAUCAACUACUAUAUCACAAACUUCAACUCUCAAAAACGUAGCCAUGGAAGAAGAAGAAGAAGAAGGAAGUGGUGGUUCAAGUAUUUCUAAGUACUUGAUUGAGACUCUACCUGGUUGGCAAGUUGAUGAUUUUCUAGAUUCUUCUUCUGUUCCCUUUUCUUUCUCUAAGGGUGAUGAAUUAUUUGAAGAGAAUCUUGAUUCAUUUUUUCCCAAUAGUAAUAUUGGGAUCUGGGUUCCUCAAGCACCACCACCUUCUAUAUAUUCUUCUUCACAAGUAAUGAUGGUGGGUCAGAGUGAGACCAAGAAAAACAGCAACAACAAAAGCAGCAUCAACAGAUCAAGGUUGAGGGAUGAUGGUAACAUUUUCACAGUUCCACAGAUUAGUCCUGGUUCCAAUUCCAAGAGAACAAGAUAUCUAUGGUAG